UCUGUUUUGUUUUGGUCGAUGAAGAAGUGGGAGCUGAAUAGAAUUCUGAGGAAAAGUGAGUUAGUGCAUUUGCUGCAAAACUUCUAUUAUCUAGUGUCAGUGGAAGUUGAAGUGAUUGAUUCCAAAGCCCGAGUCACUGUAUCAAUAUGCGAAGGAAGAUGACAAGACCAAUGAGUGGUAGCAUUGAUGAAGAAUGAUCCGUGCGUACAUUCCGCAUUAUCGCCAAGUGGAGGGUGAAGGAGGCAGAAGCCAUUACGUGUAUAUCCUGGAAGUCUGCUACACUGGGCGUGUACACAAAAUUGAAAAGAGAUACUCUGCAUUCCAUAGUCUUUACAAAGAGCUCCGCAAGGCCUAUCCCACUGCUGAAUUCCCCCCGAAACGUCUGCGUAACACAACCUCCAAGGUUUUAGAGACCCGUCGUGCUGGCUUAGAGUCCUGGCUUCACUCCACACUCUUGUUCGAACCGACUCCUCCUGCACUGUUGGCAUUCCUGCAGGUGCACAACUAUCAGCCUCCGCACCAAGAAUGUGAGAGCAGCCCGGCGCACCAGCCCGUCCUGAUCUUCACGCGCGACCCCUACCUGAAUGCCCGCGCCAGCACCACGCCCACCAUCGCCAACAGCGUGAUCAAGGGCGUCCUCACCGCCCUCUACGACCAGAACUUCCACAUGCCCGCGUAAGAGAGCCGACGGACUUCAGGAUGAGUCGCCUGCAGCUGUGGCAGGGCGUCGUGUUCCUCCUGCUGUGGCUCGCCUACGGGGCCACGUACCUCCUGCGCAAGCCCUUGGGGAUUAUCAAGGCCGACCUCGAGGUGGCUUUCAAGGUGAAGCCCUCCAGCCUGGGGUGGGUGGACACGGCCCUGCUCCUGCCCUACUCCCUGGUGUCGUUGGCCCUGGGCUCCCUCGGCGAUUGGCUGGGGCCGCGCCUCACCCUGGCCGGAGGACUCGUGCUCUCGGCGGCCGCCACCGUGCCCAUGGCCUCGUGCCAGUCCCUGCCUCCCCUGCUGGUGCUGCUCACCGUCAGCGGGGCGGGGCAGGCGCUGUGCUGGCCCGCCGCCUGCUCCUUGCUCUCCCGCUGGUUUUCCGACGCCUCGCGGAACUCCGUCUUCGGCAUGUUUGGGACGUGCUGCUUCCUGGGCGGCCUCGCAGGCACUGGCCUCGCCGUGUACAUGCAGGCUGAGCACGGGUGGCGCUCAGUGUUCCUCCCCCCCGCUGUCAUCGUGGCCUGUCUAGGCGUCUUGGUCAGCCUGCUUGGGAAGAAUCCUGCUGACCUGGGGCUAGUCGUCCCCGACAGAGCGGCCGACCAGCAGGCGAAGGGCGGCAGGGAGAGCGCCACGUCCGCCUUCAAAGUCUUUCGGAUGGCCAUGGUGCCCGAGGUGUCCGCGUCCAUGUUCUGCAUCAAGGCCGUGCGCUACGCCCUGAUGUUCUGGCUGCCUCUGUACCUGACGCGGACACUCGGCUACACCCAGACCGGCGCCGGCCUCGCCUCGACCUCCUUCGAGGUGGGCGGAGUCGUGGGCAGCGCCUGCGUGGGCAUGGUCGUGGACCGGUGGAUGGGGGGCCGGGCCCUGCUCGCCAGCACCAUCGCCAUUGCAGGCUCGGCCGUGUCGCUGUUGCUGUUCAUGCUGACGGCGUCGUGGGGCUUCGUCUUCCACGCCGUCUUCUUGGCCAUCGCGGGAGCCCUCAACUGCGGCCCCGACGUGCUCCUGGCGGGCUCGGUGGCGGCGGACAUCGGGGAGCGAGAGGGCGGCGCGCCGUCGGCCGUGACGAGCGUGGUCAACGGCAUGGGGUCUCUGGGGACGGUGCUGGAGGGCCCCGUGGUGGCGUUCGCGGCGGCGUGGCUCGGCUUCUCGUCCAUGGUCCCCCUCAUGAUUCUGCUGCUGUGCUUCGGGGCGGCGGCAACCUUCCGCGCCAGUCACAUCCACAGACGCACGGCGGGGAAUGUCAGGCUGUCAAAUGAAACUUGUGUCGCUUAACACGAAAAAAGCAAUUAUUUAUUAUUUGAUUUUCGCAAGCUGUCGUGAAUAACGGUGUAGUACGAAGUAAGUUUAUUUGGUAGUAACCAAAGGUGUAUAAUAUUCGCAUAAAUUUAACUUCUUUCAGUAUUAUCUGUACCAUUUAUUUCUCUAGAUGAAUAGAAACAUAUUUUGAUUAGAUUAUUUUUUAUCUGAAUAUAUGUAUAUCUUAGUCUGAUUUAGAAGCUGUUUAGCACAAUGAUAAUAAUUUUCUCAUAAAAUGAGCACUCUGUACGUUCUUCAAGAAAUUGUAGUUAUUUUAUUAAUAAUAAUGAUGGGUUAGAGACUAUACUAACCAUCUUGUCAAGCAUAUUGCAGAAUAUGUUGUGAAAUAUAAUUGAUUAUGGCAUUAAAAGAAAAAUUUGAAGUU